UAAAAUCGAUGUUUUAUAGAUGGCAACAAACGCUAGUUUAGACGCUAAUCCUGUAUAAAACCGUUACCUAGAGUGUUUUUUUUCUUUCUUAAACAUUGUCAUAAAUAAGUUCUUUUUGUUUGCUUCUUUUACAAGAUUAUGGAUUGUGAAUUAAGGAGAUAGAUGUCAUUUGGGGGACAGACAAAUAAUGACUGUCAUUUCAAAAGAAAUGCUUUGUUGUUUAUGGGAAUGAGUCUUGACAUGGAAGCCACUCUUAGCUUUUUGAAUGCUUCAAGGAGCGAAAUUUAAGUAAAAACCCCCCUUUUGAUUAAGAAACUACUUUUUUGUUUUGUUCUUUUUCUUAUCUGUUCUGAAAGAGACAAAACAAGAGUUAAAGAAAGAGAGAGUGGACCCCAAACUGAACCCUCUCUUUUACUUCUCAUUGCUUUUGUCCUUGUUUUUUUUAUUGACAAAGAGUUCAAAAGUCUUGUGAGAAAAAUGAAAGAGAUGAAUCAGAAAAUGGGGACUCACAAGUUCAGAUUUUCAGACAUGAUGCCUCCCUCAUGGCUCUAUAAGCUCAAAGGCAUGAGCAGAAGUAGCAGAAAACACCUUCCUUCUUCUCCCAAACGCCUCUCCACUGAUGCUUCUUCCUCAAGAAACACUCUUCGUCUUUCUUCAUCUCCUUAUCACCCUCAAGGCUCUUCUUCACCGCCACCAAAAUCUCCUUUCAAGAGAAAACUCAAACGUAAGACCGUUUACAAGCCUUCCUCUAGGCUCAAGCUCUCUUCCUCUUCCUCCUCCUUCAACCCUCAUGUCCCUCUCACCACUUCUCGUAAUCAUCGCUCUAAACCAACCUCUUCAAAUGCAAUCAUUCUUGAGCCUUCUCUCACUUCUUCUCGGGAUCAUCGCUCCAAGUCAUUCUCUGCAAAUGCAAACAUUGUAGAGCCUUCUCUCACUUCUUCUCGGGAUCAUCGCUCUAAACCAUCCUCUGCAAAUGCAGUCUCUGAUUCCACCGUUGGAAGCUCGUCAGAUCCUCUGUCACCAUCUCCUUCUGACCAAGACUAUCUUGAAUCUCAUUCAGUUGACGUCAAGAACAACCAUUCUGUGAAGAAGCUAGUUUCUGAAGAUCCUUCAGUCACAUACAACUCUAGUCCUGACUUGUCUGAGACUAUAAAGAAACCACCUCUUGAAAUAAAGAGACAGCAGAAACUGAAGAAACCGAAAGCUGGUUCAACAGGUAUAAGGAUUCGAGCUAAUUCACCAAGGAUCGCCAGAAAGAAGACAAAGGGAAGAACGUCCCCACAACCAAUGAUGAAGAAGGAAACAGCAGAGAGUUUCGCUAUAGUUUUGACUUCAGUGGAUCCAGAAAAAGACUUCAGAGAAUCCAUGGUUGAGAUGAUCGUGGAGAACAAGAUGAAGGAACAGAAAGACCUGGAAGAUCUUCUUGCAUGUUACCUUUCUCUGAACUCAAGCGAGUAUCACGACACAAUCAUCAAAGCCUUCGAGAAAACAUGGUUUCAUUUGACUCGCUCUAUGUAAAACCAAAAGGCAACUUUAUUGAAACACACAUGUAACCUUUUUACAUUUUGAAACCAGCAAGUUUGUUUAUCCGCAUUA